AUGUCACGAAAACCCGCAGACGUGGCGUCGAAAACGCCCAACGAGUACAUUCCGUCCUUCAUCUCGAAAAAGCCAUUCUACGUCGACGAUGAGACGAACAACGACUACCUGGAGCAUCAACGUCUGCAGAAGGCCGCUCGCGAUGAGUCAAAAUGGUAUGACCGAGGGAAGCGUGCAGGCCCAGCAGCCACCAAAUACCGCAAAGGCGCAUGCGAAAACUGCGGCGCAAUGACCCAUAAGACCAAAGAGUGUCUAAGUCGACCCCGAAAGCAAGGCGCCAGAUGGACCGGUAAAGAUAUUCAGGCGGAUGAAGUUGUCCAGAAAGUCGACAUGGGCUGGGAUGCCAAAAGAGAUCGGUGGAACGGCUACGACGCGAGCGAAUACCGCCAGGUUGUGAACGAAUUCGAAGAAAUGGAAUCCCUUAAGCAACUGGCGAAGGAAGAAGCAAAACUUAAGAAGCUUCAAGAGGGUGAAGAUGGUGAAGAGGGUCCGGAUUCAGACAUCCGCUAUGCCGAAGAAUCCGACAUGGGACGGCAACAGAGCACCGCCACUCGCAACCUACGUAUUCGAGAAGACACCGCGAAGUACCUCCUCAACUUAGACCUUGAUUCAGCCAAAUACGACCCGAAGACACGCCGAAUGGUCGACAUGGGCGCUCAAGACGACCAGGCUGCUGCACUGGUGGAAGAAGAAAAUUUCAUCCGUGCUUCGGGUGAUGCUGCAGAGUUCGAGAAGGCACAGAAAUAUGCAUGGGAGUCUCAAGAGAAGGGUCUUCCUCACCUUCACAUCCAAGCCAACCCCACAUCUGGAGAAGUUCUGAGGAAGAAAGAGAAAGAGGAUAGUGAGGCGAAACGUGAAGCGCAUCGCAAGGCUCUCCUGGAGAAAUACGGCGGCGGAGAACACGCGCAACCUAGUGCACUACGGGAGACAAUGGUCGUUGAGAAUGAACGGUUCGUCGAAUAUGACGAGAGCGGUGCUAUCAAGGGCGCGCCCAAGAAGGCGACCAAAUCUAAAUACCCCGAAGAUGUGAUGGUGAACAAUCACACCUCGGUCUUCGGCAGCUGGUGGUACGAAUUCAAAUGGGGAUAUGCAUGCUGCUAUUCUACCGUGAAGAACAGCUACUGCACCGGAGAAGACGGAAAGAAAGCUUUCGAGGAUGAGGGCAAUCUGCUCCUGAUGACCGGGGCAGGCGACAACACCGAAGAAAUGCCCGAGGAUGACGAAGGAGCGGAUCACGCUCACGAUUCUGAACGCAAUGGCGAACAGGAAUCGAAAACUGGUGGGAAAAAGCGGACACUAGAGGAAUUGAAGUCCGGCAUCACAGAGGAGGAACUGGACUCAUACAAGCGAAGCCGGCUGGCUGCUCAGGAUCCCAUGGCGAAUUUCCUCGGCAAGGACUGA